AUGCAGCUCAUCAAGUCACUUAGCCUUGCUGCUCUUGGCGCAUCAGCCCCGGCCGUGCUUGCCGGCCCAUUGCUACGUCGUGGAACAGUAGGCAACGAUGAUAUUGUCGGCCUGCCUCAGACGGUACCUUCAACCACUGCUGGUACUUUGUACCUGAAGUACAAGCCGUUCUUGUACCGUCUCAACGGAUGUGUGCCAUAUCCCGCGGUCGACGCCAGUGGCAACACCAACGAGGGUCUCUCACCCACCGGUGACCCUGCCGGCGACUGUACCUCCAGCACGGGGCAGAUAUACACCCGUUCCGAGAGCGCCAACGGCGCCUUCGCCAUCAUGUACGCGUGGUACUGGCCGAAGGACGAGCCCUCGGCACUCGAGGGCUCGCUCGGCAUCGGCCACCGCCACGACUGGGAGUCGGCCGUUGUCUGGCUGUCGUCGGAGUCGACGACGGCCACGGUCCUGGGCGUCGCGGCGUCCGCGCACGGCGGUUUCGCCGCCAAGGCCGCGAGCGCCGUUACCUUCAGCGGUACCGGCCCGCUGAUCGAGUACGAGUCCAACGGCAUCCUGGACCACUCACUGACCUUUACCACCACCAAGGGCGACCAGCAGCCCCUGGUCGCGUGGGAAAGUCUGGACAGCACCAUCCAGAGCGCGCUCGCGAACACGGAUUGGGGUGAUGCCAAUGUGCCGUUCAUCGAUGCCAACUUUGCGAACAAUCUGGUCGAGGCGCAGCUCUAA